AUGAUUUUGGCCUUUUAUAUGACCGAUGGAAGUGUCGGAACAAUAUUCUCAAAGUUUAAAGAAUCGUUUGGUUCGCAUAAGAUUACUAUCCAAAGAGACCGAUCGGAUCUCAUAUCACUCGCAAAUACAGACCAAUUCGUUGGCAUUGAGAGCGAAACGUUUGAGAUAAACUCGCGCUCAUCGAUACCCAUAUGGUUUGUGAUCAUACAGAUAGUGGCGAGUUGGGUGUGUUAUGUGGUCGCCAAGUUCGCCUGCAAAAUAUGUAUUCAGGGAUUUAGCUUUGCAUUUCCUAUUAGUCUCACAGUUCCAGUGGCCAUAUCAGCACUCAUUGCCUUCUGUGGCGUUCAUUUUGACAAUAAGUGCAAAAUUUCCGAUUUUCUGAUCCCGAAGUACUUGUUUUGGUACUGCAAUGAAGAGCCGUUUAUUCGCGACGAGCCCUUCUUCAAUAUUCACGCAAUCAUGUGGUUGUUAUGGCUAUUAUCACAGACUUGGAUCGCUAUCCAUAUCUGGGCGCCCAAAUGCGAAAGAUUGGCCACAACUGAAAAAUUAUUUGUGAAUCCAAUGUAUUGCGGAGUAAUUAUCGAUCAAUCGAUCGCUUUUAAUAGACGAAGAGAUGACGAGGAAGAGAUCAAAAGCGAAGACAUUAACUUAGAAACAGAGGGAAACACACUUCAAGACCCGUCACAGCAUUACGAGACUAUAUCUGAGAAUAUGGACGACAAGAAGAAGUCGUCGACUUUCAGUUCCGACCAAAUCAUCCGCAUCUACGCGUGUGCGACGAUGUGGCACGAGACCGCUCAGGAGAUGAUCGCUAUGCUCAAGUCCGUCAUGAGAAUGGAUGAGGACCAGAGCGCCCGUAGAAAUGCACAGAAAUAUCUUAGGAUUGUUGAUCCCGAUUAUUACGAGUUUGAAGUUCACAUAUUCUUUGACGACGCGUUUGAAUUGUGCGAUGAGAACGACGACGAUAUGAUUGUAAAUCGAUUCGUAAAACAAUUGAUUGAAGUGAUCGAUACGUCUGCCAGUAAUGUGCAUCAAUGUAACAUCAAACUCAAACUGCCCACUAAAGUGCCCACACCUUAUGGCGGACGUCUGGAGUGGCGAAUGCCCGGACAGAACAAACUCAUUGCUCACCUCAAAGACAAAUCCAAAAUAAGACACAGAAAGCGUUGGAGUCAAGUGAUGUAUAUGUAUUAUCUAUUGGGACACCGACUCAUGGAAUUACCCAUAGAUGUGAAUAGAAAAGCAGUGAUGGCUGAGAAUACCUAUUUGUUAACUCUGGACGGAGACAUCAAUUUCCGUCCGCAUGCCGUCCAACUGUUGGUUGAUUUAAUGAAAAAGAAUCGCAACUUAGGCGCCGCCUGUGGACGCAUUCAUCCCGUCGGCUCCGGGUUUAUGACUUGGUAUCAGAAAUUUGAGUACGCAAUCGGACAUUGGCUUCAAAAAGCAACCGAACAUAUGAUAGGAUGUGUAUUGUGUAGUCCCGGUUGCUUCUCGUUGUUCAGAGCUAAAGCAUUGAUGGACGACAAUGUUAUGCGAAGAUAUACAACCCGUUCGGAUGAAGCUUUACAUUACGUUCAGUACGAUCAGGGAGAGGAUCGUUGGCUUUGCACUCUUUUACUACAAAGAGGCCCGGGAACUAUAUUCCUUAUGCUUGUGGGCGCUUUAGUCGCCGCAUUCCGUAUCUCAAACUGGGAUUCCUUUUACUAUAAUAUCGUUCCCAUACUCUUCUUCAUAAUCAUCUGUUUUGUGACCAAAAAUGAUGUACAAAUAUUUGUGGCACAAAUCCUAAGCGCAGCCUAUUGUCUGUUAAUGAUGGCUGUGUUCGUGGGUCAGGCCAUCCAAAUGACAGAAGACGGCAUCGGUUCCCCGUCCGCCAUAUUCUUUAUCUCUUUGACUGGAAGUUUCAUUGUUGCCGGUCUUCUCCAUCCACAAGAAAUGGCGUGUUUAGCACCGCUUUUACUUUACUUCUUGAGCAUUCCGUGCAUGUAUUUGUUGCUAAUAAUAUACUCACUCGUCAAUUUGAAUGUUGUCACGUGGGGUACGAGAGAAGUGCAGACAAAGAAGACUAAGAAGGAGUUGGAAGAGGAGAAGAAGGCCACCGAAGAGCACAAGAAAAAGAAUUUGUUGGGAUUCUUGAAUAUGGGCGACAAUAGGAAAGAGGAGGGAUCGAUAACAUUCAAUUUGGCCAAUCUAUUCAAAUGCAUGUUCUGUACGUAUCCUAAACCAAACGAAGAGGCCAUCCAUUUGAUCAAAAUUCAGGAUCAAUUGGAUUCAAUCACUCAAAAACUCAGCUCUUUAGAGAAGGGAAUCGAUCCAAACGCUCAGUCAAAGAGAACUUCAAUCGGAAGAACUGCAAGAUUUUCCGACAAUCUCUCGACUGUCACUGAGAAUGAAGACGAGGAAGAAUUCGGAUCAGAAACUUCUGACAUCAAUAUAGACGACAAGGAAUCGGAGGGCAAACACGAUAGGGACGAUCUCCUCAACCCAUAUUGGAUUGAAGACAGAGACCUGAAGAACGGAGAGGUGGCGUAUUUGCAUCCCUCGGAAAUACAGUUCUGGAAGGACUUAAUCGGCAAAUAUUUAUAUCCAAUCGAACAAAACAAAGAACAUCAGGAAAGGGUCGCCAAUGACCUGAAGGAACUCCGGAAUCGAGUGGUGUUUGCGUUCUUUAUGCUGAACGCACUCUUCGUUUUAGUUGUGUUUUUGCUUCAACUCAAUAAAGAGAUCCUUCACAUCGAUUGGCCGCUCGGAGUCAGAGAAAACAUUACUAUAAAUCCGGACACAAAUGAAUAUAUUGUUGACAAAGAAUACCUCGAACUCGAACCCAUAGGUUUGGUGUUUGUUGUCUUCUUUGGGACUAUUCUUGUGAUACAAUUCGUUGGAAUGCUUUUCCAUAGAUUCGGAACUCUUUCACAUAUUUUGGCGUCGGUUGAGUUGACAUUCUGUUCGCCAAAAGUGGAAGACGUCAGCGAAGAUGAUUUCAUUGAUAAGAAUGCCAUUCAAAUUGCUAGACAAUUGCAAAGACUUAGAGGCAUCGAUGAGGACGACAAAAGUGAUGAUUCAAAGUAUGGAAAUCGAGUGGAAAAGAGGAAAACAAUAUUCAAUUUAGAGAAGCGAUUACAACAACACAGAAGAAUAGGAACUUUGGACGUGGCCUUCAGGAAGAGAUUCUUGAAUUUAUCCAACAAUAUGCCGACCGGAACACCCAUUUUGGGCGGUAUUCGCAACAAAGAGCAGAUUAUGGCUCUCGAGAGGCGUAGAAAUACAGUAAUUGCGGGCGAAAGUCAUAGCCGGCCAGGAAUGCAAACACUCGGUGCCAAAAAUGAAUUCGUCAGAAAUCAAGCGAAUAGAUCCACAUUAGACUCAAAGCGUCCUCGAAAUGGUGUCGAUAUUAAUGGCGGUCUUCAUAACAGGGCUUAUAUACAAGACUCGGACGAUGACGACGACCCCAUUGACAGACCAAUCAAUUUAAAUAUCUAUAGUCCCGGUUCGCGACACAGCGCUAACAGCUCUGUCAGCAAACGCCAGAGUCUGAGUCAUAACUUAUAA